AUGAGAUUUGUCAUUUCAAUUUUAUUACUAGUGACUCUUUUUGACGAGAAUGUCAAAUGCUCUGAUGCCAAUCUUCCAAUUCAUCAACCAUCUGUGGAGGGAAUUAUUCAACACUUCAAUGAAGUAGACAAGAUGGACAUGCCGAAAAUAGAUCCGAUUGAGUUUGAUUUAGUUGAAUUAAGUUUGCCCGGAGAAAUAUUUAAGUUGGUAUUACCGGAAUACUAUGAGUUGGAUGGACAUAUAUUUUAUGCUGUACCGAUAAAAGGACAAGGAUUAGCUGAUUUUGAUCUCCACAAUCUUCAAUUAAAGGGCACUAUAUAUUUGAAGAAAGCUACAAAUAGCCCCGAUGUGGUGAUUGACAAGUUUGAAGACGCCGAAAUAAACAUUGAACGGGUGGUGUCACGCACGGAGUUCGAUCACAACAUAGACAAGAUAAUUAGCGCGCUCGUGGAGGACCUGCUCGCUGGAUACAUUAACCGUUUCAACAAAUACAUACUAUUUACGUACAGUGAGACCAUCAUUGAGUACAUCAAUGGCAUAAUAACCAACAUUAAAUUGUCAUAA